AUGGAAGCAAAGGAGCACAAGGAAGAAAUUCACGCACAAGACCCCAUCCCAGAAACAGAGGAGGAGCAGAUAAGAAGAAGGAGAGAGGAGUAUACAAAACUCUCUGAGAAGGACGACAUUAUUUUCUCGGCCUCUGCGAUUCUAUACAGAUUCCAAAUAGAAACAAAGUCCUGGGUUGGCCGAGGAAAGGGGAAGCUGCGUGUUUCUCUUGAGCCAACCAGCAAGAAGUACAGAAUCACCCAGAUCCGGGAAAAGGUUUUCAAGCUCGGGUGCAACCACUAUAUAGAGAAGGAAACAGUCCUGACAAAGUACUCCCUGGCAGAGCACUCUUGGAUGUGGACCACAUUCGGAGAUGACUGCGGGGAUGGCCUGGACAAGACACAGAAGCUUCUGACUCGGUUCACCACUGCAGAGGAUGCAGAGAAGUUCUUUGCUGCAGUAGAAAAGGGCCGGGCACAGGCAGAAAAGCCAAAGGAAGAGCGUGAAGGACCAGCAGAGAAGAAGGCUGAGCACACGGAGGAAGCUAAGGAGGACAAGGAGGAGAGCCAGGACGGCGACAAGCCCUCUAAGCCAGAAACCAAGGCGCAGGAUGAUGCCCCGAAGGCGGAAGAGAAAGAAGAUGCAAAAAAAGACUAG